AUGUCCAUUGUGAAGGAAAACGAGACAAUGGUCUCGAGACAGGCUCCACAGGCAAUCAAGCCUGGGGCUCAUCUUGCAAACCCAGCGCCCUUGGCAAUGGGUGGUUUUGCUACCACUUUUCUGUCUUUGUCAUUGGCCAUGAUGAAUUUCCGUGGCGUCUUCACUCAAACAAUCUUCAUGGGUGAUCUUUGUUUCGUUGCUGGAAUUGGCCUACUUAUUUCCGCUCAAUGGGAAAUGGUCCGCGGAAAUACAUUCUCGUACACAGUUCUUUCUGCAUACGCUUUGUUUUAUGGCGGUUACGGAGUAAUCUUGAUUCCCGCGUUGGGUAUCGCUGAUGCGUAUGGCGGUUAUACCCCGGAAUACCACAACGCGCUGGGAUUCUUUGUCUUAUUAUGGGCGGUCUUUAAUCUAUUCUUCCUUCUAGCCAGCUGCGCUGUGAACAUUGUCUAUAUUCUUUUGUUUCUCAUGCUUGAGCUCUGCCUCAUUUUUGAUGCUGCGUCCAGCUUUGCGUUGGCCGACGGCCUGGUUGAACAAAGUGCAAACCUGAUCACCGCUGCCGGUGCCUUCGGUUUUGUUUCCAGCUUAUGCGGAUACUAUUGCGUCCUGCACUAUCUUUGCGAAGAGUCUCUACCUUUCCGAGUUCCCAUGGGUGACACUUCCAGGGCUUGGAAGCGAUGGUGUAAGAAGACACCUCGCCCAGAUAUGAAGAGCGAAGAAGACAUGGCAUAA